CCCAUGUUAAAAUCUUAAAACCCUAUAUCUUCCCCAUUUUGUUACAGCCGCUCACCCUCAACCCUCUCAUCUCUCUCUUUGUCUGAAUUCACGUUCUCCAAAAGAAAUCCCUGCUACACACCUUAGACAAAUAUGAAAAACACCACAAUCAGAAAUUACAUCUCAUCCUAGAUUACAUCUCUCCUCUUUCUCUCUAGAAUUCGGUGACUGGAGUCGGGAUUCCAGCCGAACUCCGGUGAUGCUCUGGCCUCGAUAACACCUCCAAGCUCCUCUUCUUCCUAUACCUUACAAACACCCCAUUCUGAUCGGUUGGGAGAGAGAGAACGUGAGAGAGAAAGAUGUGGUGCGGCGGUGGUCUUCACGGUGAACCACAACAACAGCGACGGCGGAGGAGGGGCUCGACGACGGCUCCGAUUCGGGUCGGUUCAGGUUACCGGCGCCGACAUCUCAGGCGACGUGGUGGUGAUUCAGCUCGGACCCUUCAGUUCUGUUUUGUUACGGUUCGGAUACGGGUCAAAGAUGGUUCGAUACGGUUCAAAUCUAAGGUUCUGUUCGAUGUUUUCGGGUCGACAAACCGGGUCAGCUCAGAUGACGGCUCGGGUCACGGUCCGUUUUAGAUUCAGUCAAAGUUCGAGUCAAGCUGGUCAAUCGGGUCAAACAUGGUCAACAGCAGUUUUCAGUUCGGUCAGACCAGUCAACUGGUCAACACGCGUCACUCGGGAGACUUGGUCAGCAACUUCAGUUCGAGAGUCUUGGAUUUACUCGGUUCAGUCCAGUGUAGAUUCGGGUGUUUGGUUCGAUCUAUUUCAUCAUUCGGAUAACCGUUUUGUACGUUCUCUUGGAUUUUUCUCCAUCUCUACUCGUGCAUUAUUUCAAGGAAUCUCUAUACGCAACCAAUGUUGACUAAUGAAGUAUGGAUGAUUGAUGAAACAAGUUUAGGGUGGACUAGAUACACACCUUUAAUCUAUUUAUCUUUUAAUGUUAUGUUAUUUGUUGAAACAAUGUUGUCUUUUUUGUUUUGAUUAUUGUAUGACAAUCUAGCAAUUGCAAAGAAAUUUGAAUUUAAUUAAAUAUUGUCACA